AUGUUUGAGGACAUAAACGAAGAAGAAUUUGGAAGUGGGGACAACUUUGACGAUGAUAGUGGUUAUAAAUCCAGUGAGUCCGAUGAUAUAGACUUUUAUGUUGACAAUGACAACAUCUUAGAUGAUGUAGAAGUUGACAUGAAUGAUUUCAAUGAUAACAUUGAUAUGGAUGCAGAGUGGGUUGGAGGUAUGAAUGACAAUGUGGUACAAGAAGAGAAUGAAGUUGGAGAGCUUAAUGAAGUACUAAAUAACGAGGUACUUUUGUCAGGAUCAUCUUCGGAUGAAGGUCCAGUUGGUCAACGAAAGAAGACCAUCAAAGCUAUCCAACGAGCUCAUGAGAAUGAUGAAGCAAAUGUUGCUGAACCAUUUUAUAUCCUUCAAACCUUUAAUACAGCCCAAGAGUUUAAAGAAAGAGUUAAAGUCCAUGCUAUUGAGACAAGAAGGGAACUUGGUUUUGAAAAAAAUGACAAGAAUAGGGUAAGAGUUGUGUGUAGGGGGACAAUACCAAAACUGGGAAACUUAGACAAAAGUGGGGAAGGUCAACAAGAAGUCAACAAUGAAGAUGAAGAGAAGUGCCCGUGGAGCCUCUACGCUAGUAAAUGGAAACGUGAUAUAAACUGGAUGGUCAAGUCUUACAACAAAGAACAUCGUUGUCUCCAAACUCGGAAUGUUAAAGCGUGUACUUAUAAGUUUCUUGCCAAAAAGAUUACAACUCAGGUGGAAUCUAACCCAACUAUUCCAAUUCGUGCUUUACAAGAACAACUGCAACGUGAUUACCAAGUGGGACUUUCCAAGAUGAAAGUGUUUAGGGCUAGAACUGAAGCUCUCAAUCAGGUGCGAGGGGAUUAUGUUGGUCAGUAUGCUCUAUUGAGAGACUAUGUUCAAGAACUUCAAAAACAUAACCCAGACACGACUGUAAAGAUUGAUGUAGAGAGUGAACCAAAUCCAAAUUCAGAAACUAGAACUUUCAAGCGCAUAUACAUCUGUCUUGGUCCUUUAAAAAAGGGAUUUGCUGCUGGAAGAAGAGACUUUCUUGGUCUCGAUGGUGCUUUUAUGAAGGGUCCAUACCCAGGACAAAUACUUUCAGCUGUGGGAAUUGAUGGUAAUAAUGGAACAUAUCCACUGGCUUAUGCUGUUGUGGAAUCUGAGAGUACCAACUCAUGGACUUGGUUUCUAACUUGUCUAGGGGAUGAUUUGGGUUUAGGAACAAACUCAAAUUUUACGUUUAUGACAGACAGACAAAAGGGAGUGUUACCUGCUAUAGCAAAGUUGUUUCCAUGCGCUGAGCAUCGUUAUUGUCUUCGUCAUAUCCAUGAAAACAUGAAAGCUAAUUGGAGGGCAAAGCAAUUCAAAGACUUGCUAUGGGAUUGUGCAAAAGCAUCUACUAUUCAACAGUUUCAACGAUCAAUGGAGGAACUUAGAAAACUUAAUAAUGAUGCGUAUGAGUGGCUUAAAAACAUUCCUCCUCAACAUUGGUCUCGUUCACACUUUACAGGUAGAGCUCAUACAGAUGCUAUGCUUAACAAUAUGUGUGAAUCUCUAAAUAGCAAGAUUGUUGAAGGUCGUGAUGUACCAAUCAUUACAUGUUUGGAGUACAUUAGAGAGUACUUAGUGAAGAAAAUUGUAACUGUGCAAAAGGAAAUUGAUAAAGCUGUAGGUCCCUUGACUCCUACAGCUACCAUAUGGGUUGAAAAACUGAAGAAAGAGGCUUCACAAUUAAGGUGGGAACUAAUAGGGAUACCAUGUGCACAUGCAAUAGCAUGUAUGUGGGAGAUGUUGAAGAACAAAGAAAUUGAUAAGAUACCCGAACAUUGGGUCCAUCGAACGUAUUGGUUAGAAACAUGGAAGAAUAUGUAUUCUUUUACAAUUCACCCAAUCAAUGGAAGGAACAUGUGGGAGAAGUCUACAUGCCCUACAACCUUACUCCCUCCAAAACACCAUGUGCCCAUUGGAAGACCAAAGAAAAAGAGAAGGAGAUCUGCCAUGGAGGUUGAGGAUUUGGUGAAAGGUAACCAAUUGUCAAGAGCACAAAAAUCAGUGACAUGUUCUAAGUGUAACAAAAGUGGGCAUAAUGCAAGGACUUGCAAGGGACAGAAGGCUGGUGGUUCUCAAACUUCAAGGAAUGUUGGUGGAUCACAAACUUCAAAGAUUGUUGGUGGUGCUGGUAGUGAAAAAGUGAAGGUUGGAAGUGAAAAAGUGAAGGCUGGUGGAUCACAAACUUCAAGGAAUGUUAGUGGUGCUGGAAGUGCAAAGUGA